AUGGCGGCGGCUCGUUCUACCCCCGCCCUGCGCGCUCUGGCCCCGGCGCUUUGGCGUGCCUCGGCGACUCGUGCUGCUCCCCUGUGGCAAAAAUUGUCCCAGCUCAAGUCUAGCUCUCCUGCAGUUCAGGUCGCUGUUGCAGCACAGCGCUUCUUUCAUGCCACUCCUCUGCGUCGCGCCGAGGAAGUCGAGGUCCCCGUGCCACAGGUGGCCGAGUCCAUUUCCGAGGGUGAAGUUGCGGAAUGGCACAAGGAGGUCGGAGACUUUGUUGAGAUUGAUGAGGCCGUCGCCACCCUUGAAACAGACAAGGCUGCCGCCCCUGUCAAUAGCCCACAGUCUGGAUACAUUACAGCGCUCCUAGCUGAAAUUGGUGACACCGUCCAUGUUGGUGCUCCCCUCUUCAAGCUCCGACCUGGAGAUGCUCCCGCGGAAGGUGCCUCUUCGGAUGCUGCCAAGACCGAGUCCGCAGCGCCUGCGGCGGAAUCUUCAGGCCCCACUGAGUCAGACAAGCCCGAGUUCACCGUUACGUUGCCCCGCGUUGCCGAGUCUAUCUCGGAAGGCGAUAUUGCGUCUUUUGAGAAGGAGAUUGGUGACUUUGUGGAGGCCGAUGAAGCCGUUUUGAUCGUGGAAACUGAAAAGGCCUCGGCCCCUGUCAAUGCGCCCGAGUCGGGCAUCGUCACCGCUUUCCUCGUGUCUGAAGGCGAUACCGUGCCCGUCGGGGCCGAGCUUUUCAAGAUUAAGCCUGCCUCUGCCCCUGCCAGUGGUGGCUCCUCUGCUGGUGCGUCUGCCGGCGCGGCUGCGGGCGCGGCUGCUGGUGCCGCCGCAACUGCCGCCCCCAAGGCAUCGAAGACCCCCUCUGCCGCUUCCCCUGCUCCCGCUGCCGCUCCCAAGGCCUCAAGCAGUGCCAAUACUGCCUCGGCUGCCCCUGAGGACCAGUCCUCAG